GCGGAGCUUCCUGUUGCUUUCCCAGCAGCCGGAACUGGGGACGUUUGCAAGGAGACGCAGUGACACUUCAUGAUUAUCAAGCAAAAAUAUUACUCAGUUUCUACUUUGAAAAUGCACAGGAGUUGCUGAAAGCUCAAAAUGGAGAUUAUCAUGGAGAAUACAAUGCAGACGGAAGCUACAUAGCCUAAUGAAGUUGAAGCAGAUAAAGGCACUUAUUGUCACUGUGACUGUUACAGUGUGAGUUUUAAUGAAAAUGGAGCCGGAUAAAGAAACAAUUUCACGUCUCCGACGUCAGCUCAAAGAAGCCGAGGAGGAAAGAAAAAAGGCAGCACAAUAUGGUUUAGAUCUGGUGGAGAGCGAGAGCUUGUUACAGAAUCAGCUAGAUAAAUUGCAGAAUGAAAUAGUCACCAUAACGGAGAAUUUUGAACAAGAAAAAUAUACUCUCCAGAGAGAAGUAGAACUGAAGAACAGAAUGCUAGAAAGUAUGAACCUUGAAUGUGAAACACUUAAGCAACACCAAAAUAUACAAUUAGAUACACUACGUGAACAACUAGUAAGAAUGCAUGGACAAGAAACAAAUGAACUUAAGAAUAAGAUGGAAAAACUGAAAUCUGAGCUAGAUGAAACCCUUCUUAGCGAGAAACAGUCGAAACACAAAGUGGACCACCUGAAGGAGGCCCUUGCUUCUAAAACAGAAGAGCUGCGCAUGAUGUCGGAGCGUGUACAUGAAACCAUGUCUUCAGAAGUGCUCAAUCUUCAACUUGAGCUGGUGGCACUUGAACAGACAAAGGCAGACCUUGAAGACAGGAUACAUGAUCUUCAGUACAGCAAGGAGCAACUAGAACUUGGAAACAGCAAUCUGACUAAUCGACUGGCACGUCUCGAAGAGGAGAGAGAAGACAGAGAAAAAGAUAUUGUUUCAUACUGUAAUGCGUUAGAGAAAGCUCAUGAAGUAAAUAGAGACCUUCAGCUUCAGCUUGACCAUGCACGGCAAGAAGCCCUGGAUCCUUCCAGUAAAGGCAAUUCCUUAUUCGCUGAGGUAGAGGACCGUAGAGCAGAAAUGGAACGUCAGUUGAUCAGUAUGAAAGUAAAAUAUCAGUUGCUACAAAAUCAGUAUUCUUUCACUAGAGAACAACAGCAAAGGCUGAAGCUACAGAUGGCUGCUCUUCUACGGAUGAAAGGUUCACAAGGGGAGCAUGAUCAGCUGGAACGUUUGCAAAGCAUGCUUCAACAAAAGAAUGGUGAAAUAGAAGAACUUCUAAUGAAAGUGAAGCAACUGGAAAAGCCCAUGUCUGAAAAUUCAAAAGCGCUGAAACUUUCAAGCACUUCAGAAUAUGCAGAAUCUGAAGAUGGAUAUUACACCGAUUUGCUUCAGAUGAAACUUGAAAAUUCAGAAAAAGAGAUAGAAAAUUUGAAAAGUGAAUUGUCGCUACAGCGGAUGAAGGCUCUGUUUGAGAGUCAACGCGUCUUGGAAAUGGAACGGAAGCUCUUUGCAAAGGAAAGACAACUUGAGUCUUCUCAAAGUGAGAGCAUAAAUUUGCGUGUGCUGCUGGAUGAAUUGAGACUAAAGUAUCAACCUGAAGAGUUAAUGAGAGAUUCAUUCAAUCUCAAGAAGGCUCCAGUGGAUGUGUUUUCAUACAACUUAAGUAGCAGAGGGUCUUCUGAGUGCGAAACCUCUUGUAUGCUAUCUCAGAAAAAGGAAGAGACAAAACUAAGUGAAGAUACUCUGAAAACCACACUUCAGGCUGUAUCAGUGAACAAAUUUCCCCUUUCCGCAAUGGAACAGAGAAGUGAUCAACCUGAAAGGAAGAAGGUUAAAAUCAAGGAGGAAGAACUGGAUAGGACAGCUAUAAAUAUGAAAGAUAAGAAUGAAAUUGGACCCUCCCCCUCUACCAGGUCAGUGUCUUCUAAUAUGUAUGAGCAAGGCAAUCAGCACAGACCUGCAUCACUUUUUUUCCGCUGCAUGAACUAUGCUAUCCAUUUCUUCAUUUACUUUCUCAGUGUUGCAUGCAGUGUCGUUCCUCAGUUCCAGCUACCUAGUUUGAAAUUUUCAAAACUGUUUAAAAAGAUCAAAAUUACAGAGAAUCAAAAGGACUCUUAAAUCAUGGACUGAUUUAAAGCUGAAAUGCUCUUUCACUUUGAAAAAUCACUGCAAUAAUCUCGUGCUUGCACUAUAUGUUCCCUCUGCAUUGGCAGUUGUGUCAUUCACACUAUUGUACUUUCCAGCUUAUUUUUCAAUUUGCAUACAAUCUCCGCAAAAAUUGGCAGUAUUAA